GACAACGGCCUAUUAUAUUUUUAGUUUUUUUUUUUUUUUACAAUUAACAUGAGUGCUAGCUUAUCACAUCAACUGAAACGUGUAUUUGUCUAUGGAACGCUAAAGAGGAACGAACCUAAUCACCAUUGGUUAACAAAUAAAGAGAAUGGCGUAUCCAGAUUUGUUGCCAAGGGCAGUACCUUGAUAAAAUUUCCGUUGGUCAUUGGGACGCGCUAUAAUAUACCCUUUUUGUUGAACAAACCCGGCGUAGGACACCAUAUAGAGGGUGAGAUCUACGAUGUGGAUGAACUAAUGUUCUCCAAAUUGGAUGAGCUGGAGGAAUAUCCCAACUAUUAUGAUCGCGAACAGCAGACUAUAGUAACGGAACAAAAUAACCAAUUUCAAUGCUGGUUGUAUUUGAUACGAAAGUAUCCGGAACGGUUGUUAGAAAAGCCGUUACUGAGCUCUUACCACAAUACGGAGGAGCAGGCAUAUAGCGAGAGUUAUGCGGACAGCCGACCUGAGGAUCUGUUUGAGAAUUAAAUUUGUUUAUACACGGAUAUUCAACGCAUGGCUAUUAUUCAUAAACUGU